AAAACAGAGAACUACACCAAAGGAGAGUUUUGAACAGGCACUUAAAGAUGCUUUCCUUGGUUUCGACGCUACCUUGGCCACACCAGAAGUAGUUUCUCUCCUGAAAGCUAUAGCUAGCGGUAAAGAUGGAGAAAAGCCUGGUUCUGAAGCAGAGGCUGGAUCUGGCUCCGAGGAUGAGGAGGAAACAGUAGAUGGGUUAAUGCAGGAGGCACACAUGCCACUGGAACAGGUGAUGGCUAGGUACAAAGGUGCCGGACCACUGUGUCGGCUGCUGAAGGGGGAAGGGAAGCCGCCAGUGUCACCCAUGUUGAGAGGUCGCCGCUCCUCCUCCGGGAGUGCAAGUGGAAGUGGAGACGGACCUUCGGGCUCAGGCGCAGGCACCAGUCGCUCCUCCUCAGUGACAGAGGAUGCGGAAGUGAGCAGUUCCUCUAGUAGCCACGCGGAGGGUGCUGCAGUUGUGUGUAAUGGAGAGGCUGUUCACAUGAACGGAGAGGUAGGGGAGGAAGAGGGUGAUGCAGAGAAGAAAGGCAGUGAGGCUGAGGUGGACAGCAGUGAUAACAAGGAAGUGAAAGAGGAGAAAGUGUUGGACAAGGUUGAGAAGUGUGCAGAUGAAGGUGAGAAGAAAGUGGAAAGGACAGAAGCGGACAGUUCAGGGCAGAAUAAUGGUGAGAUCCAUAGUGGUGUGAGCAGCUCUUCGGAGACAGAGGCAGGUAAUGAUGGAAUCUCCAGUAGUAGCCCGUCCAAGAAGAAGAAGCGGAUUUCCUCUGCAGAGAUGUAGCCAGAAGUUGAUGAU